AUGAGUGAAACCAGGAAGAUCUAUCAGCCCAUUCACCCAUCUGUCCGCGAGAAGCUGGACCCCGAAUGGGUGGUUCAGCCUGCUAAUGCAUCGCGUCUCAAUAUCAACACCUCUCUUCUGACAAUCGGCGGUCUUUCGGCCGGUGGGGGCCUUGCUGCUGUUCUCACAAUGAAAGCCUCUCUAGAGAACGUGCCACCAGCCCCCAUUUCUCAAAUUCUCAUAUGUCCUGUCAUUGACAGUACUGCCACAGUAGAGACUGUGUGGUCCUCUUCCAAGCAGGUUCCCUGGCUUACGCCUGGACGAAUGACUUGGUACCAAAACCUCUACUUCCCGAACCAUGAAGACAAGAAAAACUGGGACGCAUCGCCAUGCUUUGCACCCAAAGACAUUGUGGCACGAAGCCCAAAGACCUGGAUUGCUAUUGCCGAGAUCGACCUCCUAGCGCCCGAAGGUCUCAAGUACGCAGAGCAACUAAAGGAUGCCGGUGUCGAGGUCGAAACCAAGGUUUACAUAGGAGCCACGCACUCAGUGCUGAUUCUUUCAGGAUCAGCCAGCAGUUAG